CGCACGAGGAAAGUAAACCAACCACCAAAAGAGACGCUCAAUUAUCACAGUCGAAAAUGGCCAAACUCGAACCCUUCCGCGGCGACUACUACCUCUGGGAAUACGUCCCCUCCAUCGCCGCCUCCAUCGUCUUCCUCAUUCUCUUCUUCAUCCCAACAGCUUUCCACUGCUGGAAGGCCUGGAAGACACGAGCACGCUUCUGCAUCCCAUUCUGCAUUGGCGGUAUCUUCGAAAUAAUCGGCUUCGCCGCCCGCGCCGCAUGCACAAACCAAACCGCCGAAUUGAUCCCAUACAUAAUCCAAAGCGUCUUUAUCCUCCUCGGCCCCGUCCUCUUCGCCGCCUCCGUCUACAUGGUCCUCGCGCGCCUAAUCCGCAGCGUCGGCGCAGAAAAGUACUCGCUCAUCCGCAUAAACUGGGUAACAAAGACCUUUGUGUCCGGCGACAUCAUCUCCUUCCUCGUACAAGGCACUGGCGCGGGGAUGAUGGCCAUGGACGGGAUGGGCGAGAUGGCCAAGGGGAUUGUGAUUGGGGGGCUUAUGGUGCAGAUUGUCGUCUUUGGGUUCUUCAUUGUUACGUCGAUUGUGUUUGAGAGGAGGAUGAAGCGCGGGCCGACGACUGGGGAUACGGUCUGGAAGACGCAUCUGUAUCCGCUUUAUGCGGUUAGUUGGCUGAUCAUGGUGCGAUCUAUUUUCCGGGUGAUUGAGUAUGCCAUGGGGCAAAAGGGGUAUCUGCUUGCGAACGAGUGGCCGAUGUUUGUCUUCGAUGCGGUGUUGAUGGUUGCUGUUAUGGUUAUCUGGGGGUAUUGGCAUCCUGGGACGAUUAGACAGGAGGCUGCCGGGGCGCAGUUGUUGAGUAUGGGGAGCUAUCAGAGUAAGGCGUGAUCAUGGCCGGGGGUUCGGGUGCAGUGGUGAGAAUGAGAAGAAGGAAAGGGAAGGGAGGGUGGCAGUCGAUAGAUGGGGAGUUGGGAGUUUGGCUUGGAUUUACUUGCAUAUUGGCUUUUUGAAGCGGCUAGACCUACACUCUAGAGUCAUAUUUCUCUGGCAGGAGAAAUCCUUACUCUAUAUGAUGAUACGAUGACAGAUGAGCAUCAUCCAUGUCAGACCCUGCGUGUAACAAUGGGACGGCAAAGAAGAUCUAAAGCCUACUAUCACAUGAGCUCAUAUAUCCGGAAUAUACCCUACUUGGACAGCAGACCUCAG